AUGGGCCGGCGAGGCUGGCGCGCCGCCGCCCGGGGCGCCUGCGCCGCUCCCCCGCGGGCCUGCCGGCGAGCGGCUCGGGGCGGCGAGGUGGGACGACGCCGCCGUCGCGGCCAGCCGCGCCACCAUGGAGAGGCACGCCGCGGAGGCGCCGUGGCACCCGACGGUGCUGCUGUACGACGCCUCCAGCGAGCCCCCGCCGCUCCCCGCCGCACCGCGGAGGCCCCGGCCGGCCUUCCAGACGCCCCUCAACUCGCGCGUCGCGUGCCCCAUCAGCAACAGGCACUUCGAGGGGCACUUCCUCUUCUUGCACAGGACCCCGGAGGGGGCGCCCGAGGGGCUCGAGAACCCCUACGAGCACCAGUUCACCGGGAAGACCCGGCGCUGGCAGGCCCGGGUGCAGGGCAGGUUCCGGACCAUGCCGACGGGCAAGCUCUGGACGGGCUGCGUGCUCGAGGACUUCGACUACUCGGCGGGCUACUCCAUGCUGGCCACGGUGUUCCAGGCCGCCUUCGUGCCGCUGCUGGAAGUGGUGGUCGGGGAGCGCUUCUACUUCGCGUGGGGCUCGCGCGGCCAGGAGGCCGAGAGCGAGGACGCGGAGUUGGCGACCAUCGUCACCAACCCGGCAGGCUUCGACCAGGUGAUCGUGACGCCCGCUGGAGAGACUCCUCCCGGCCUCGACUCGGACAUCAGCGAGCUAGGC